AUGAACAAUCGAAUGCUGGGUGAAUUCUGCUUCAAAAUGAUAGGAAGAGCCGACAUCGAGGGAUCAAAAAGCGACCUCCUUGUGAACGCUUGGCCACCACAAGCCAGUUAUUCCUGUGGCGGCUUUAUACACGACUGCGCUUCGCACGAUUUGGAUAUGGUCUGCUGGCUUGUCGGGGCGUUCCCUGAGCGCGUGUUUGCCACCGCCACAACGCAUGACCCCGAAAUUGUCGCCCUCAAGGACACUGAUACAGCAGUAAUUGUUCUCAACUUUCCGCCCACUGAGAGCGGACGUCCCGGCCCCAUUGCUGUCAUCGACAUCUCCCGUCAUGGAGUUUACGGUUACGAUCAGCGGGUUGAAGUACUGGGUGAUGGUGGAAUGAUGCGCUCGGAAAACCAACAAGAAGAAAGUGUCGUCUUCAACGCUCCAGGGACCACCUGCCAAGGUCCCAUUCGAAACUCUUUCCCACAGCGUUACGCGGCUAGCUACGUAAAUUCACUGGAUCAUUUCUUGUCAGCCGUAACCGGUACGAAAAAAGCUGAUAUUAGCGGACACGAUGUAUUGAACAUUUCCAGACUGGCAGCAUGCUGUGAGGAGAGUAUCAAGUCCGGCCAGCACGUUUACUUCCACGUAGUGAACUACGACUUUUAG